AUGUGGGCGUAUCCGCUAAAGCAGAAGGACCACGCCGCCUCCACGAUACAGGACGAUUGGCUGCCAUUCAUGGAGAAGCAGGCGGAGUGUGUAGUGAAGCGGAUUAGGACAGACCAGGGUGGUGAGUUCCUUGGAGCUGAGACGACGGUCUGGCUCAAGAAGCAGGGCAUCGAGAGGGAGCUGACCACGACUUAUACCCAACAGUCGAACGGUGUAGCAGAACGGGCGAACCGGACCAUUCUAGAGACAGCUAGGGCGCUGCUCAUAGAAUCUAGCCUUGGCAACUCGAUGUGGCCCCAUGCUGUCCGGCACGCCACCGUGGCUAGGAACAGGGUGCUCACUAAGGUUGGUGAUGACCCGUGGCUUGGGAGGAAGCUGAGGGUGUUUGGUUGCAUGGCAGUCGCCCACGUCCCCAAGACCUACCGCAGUAAAUUGGAGGCGAGUGCAAUCUGGUGUGUGCAUUUGGGGCUGGCUGCUGAGAGCAAGGGAUGGCUGCUGUGGGAACCAUCCAAGGGUGUGUUGUUUGACAGCAGGGAUGUGAAGUUUGUUGAGGGCAUGAUGUAUGGGAGCUGGGAGAAACAGCCGGAGGCCAGGGUGUCCCAGCAGAUGGAGCAGAUUACCAUGCAGCUGGACCUGACUCCUAGUGUAUGGGAGGAGGGAGAGGAGGCAGAGGGUGGUGAUGGAGAGAAGGUGCAAGAGGCACCUGCUGGUGGAGGAGAUGAUGUGGAGACUAGUGGUAGCACCAGGGAAGCUGCUGGACCUGUGAGAGGAGAGCAGCAGCAGGGCAAAGCUAAGGUGCCUAAGCUACCACAAAGGAGGAAGCUGAAGGGUGUCAUUAUGAAGGGAUGGGAGACACCCGUCUCUAGGCCAGGACGCACCCGCAUGGCAACAAUGAAGCUGACUGCAUGA